UGAGUGGUUGGGAGUGUGUGUGUGUGUGUGUGUGUGUGUGUGUGUGUGUGUGUGUGAGAGAGAGAGAGAGAGAGAGAGAGAGAGAGAGGGCAGUCAGUGAGCAGAGAGACUGGAUGUGUGAAGCUGAACACAGGCUCUAGACUCUCAGAGGUGACAGUGUUUGUGCAAGAGCUGGAAACAAUCACUAUGGGACCCAGUUCCUGGAGACUUUGUGUCCUCUUCUGUGCCUGGACAUGGGGACAAAGUAUGGGCCUGUCACGGAGACGGAGGGCCUGGGAGGAAAAGGGAGAAGAUGGCCCUAAAAAGUGCUCAUACACCUUCCUGGUCCCUGAGCAGAAGAUCACAGGGCCUAUCUGUGCAAGUCGCGGACCCUUGCUUCCAGACAAAGAUCGCAUAACCAGGAUAGACAUAGCAGAUGUCCGUGAGCUGAUGUCCAAGCAACGACGUGAGAUAGACACCCUGCGGAUGGUGGUGGAUGUGGACGGCAACAUGGUGAGUGAGAUGAAACUGCUGCGGAAGGAGUCUCGUAACAUGAAUUCCCGCGUCACACAGCUCUACAUGCAGCUUCUGCAUGAGAUCAUUCGCAAGCGGGAUAAUUCGCUGGAGCUCGCACAACUUGAAGGCCGCAUCCUCAACGCCACAGCAGAAGCAUUGCGGCUCUCAGCCCGCUACAGGGAUCUUGAAGCCCGAUUCUCUACUCUUGCUGCUGUGGUCAAUAACCAGUCCGUUCUGAUUGGUGCUCUGGAAGAGAGGUGCCUGCAAGUGUACGGGAAUCACAGGCAGGAGCCACUUCCCCCGCCGCUUGUUCAGGUGGUUCCAGAGAACAUUCCAGUACAUGUGCCCCGUUUUUCCAAUGAGAUCCAGAGGGUCCACAGCCGGGCUCUCGCCAGGGAGAGGGGAUCCAGAGCAGGACCAGAAACCACUGAAAGUACCCUGGAACUCAAACGGCCACUGACUGGCAACUUCAGCUCUGAAGGUCCUUUCCGCGACUGCCUUCAUGCUAUGCAGGCUGGACAUGCCACUAGUGGGAUGUACCUGCUUAAACCCGAUGAGAGUGACAGGCUGAUGCAGGCGUGGUGUGAGCAAGAUGUGGACAACGGAGGCUGGACCAUCAUCCAGAGAAGGAAGGAUGGAUCUGUUAACUUUUUCCGAAACUGGGAGAGUUAUAAGCAAGGUUUUGGCAAUAUAGAUGGUGAGCACUGGCUGGGCUUGGAGAAUAUUUACAACUUAGGCAAGCAGGGAGAUUACAAGUUGCUGGUGGAGCUUCAGGACUGGAUGGAAAAGAAGGUGUACGCAGCCUAUAGCAGCUUCCAUCUGGAGCCUGAGAGUGAAUCGUACCGCCUGCGUCUGGGCACUUACCAAGGCAAUGCUGGGGAUUCUUUAACCAGCCAUAAUGGCAAACAGUUCACCACGCUGGAUCGGGACAAGGAUGCCUUCUCAGGAAACUGCGCUCACUUCCAUAAAGGUGGCUGGUGGUACAAUGCAUGUGGCCAGACCAAUCUCAAUGGAGUGUGGUACUCCGGCGGCGUGUAUCGUAACAAGUUCCAAGACGGCAUCUUCUGGGCGGACUACGGCGGAGGCUUCUACUCCAUGAAAGCUGUGCGCAUGAUGAUCAGACCUAUUGACUGAAGUAAAAACAAAGCUAAAUCCUGAAUAUAGUUCAACACCUACAUCACUGUGCAUAUGCAGUGGCAAAACUGGAACUUUAGAAGAGCUGGGAGUGAAUCCUUAAUUCCACUUUCAAGCAGAUAUAAUGGCCAACUUUAUCAACUUUAUGAUCCCAGAUCUUUGGAGGUCCCCCGGCAUACAAGACCUUUAUACAAACUGCAUCAUAAAUCAAAAGUACAUGCAGUUUCAUGGUUCCAUGGAGAAUAUUGUUAAAAUGCCAUUGUGGUUAGCUUAGAGCUUAUUUGUAAAAUAAUAAUAAUAAUAAUAAUAAUACUUCAUUUUAUUUCUUCACUUAUCCUUCCACUUUCCUGCUGUGGGUUGUGGUCACAAUAGCCCGAGAAGGUCAGCCCAGAUUUCAAAAUUCAACUAAAUUUGAUUUGUGUAGCACUUUAAACAAUAGGCAUUGUCACAAAGCUUUUGAUUUUAGAUUAAGAUCUGAAUUCCUGGUCACAGAUUCCAGCUUCUCCAUGGUGAUCCACAGAUGUUCCCAUCCAACUGUGAGAUAAUAUUUCCAGCAGGUCUUGGUCUGCCUGGAGGUCUCUGUCGAGUGGGACAUGCCUGUUACAGCUCUAGCGGGAGCCUUGAGGGGUGCCAAAACCUCCUGAAUGGGCUCCUCAGACUCUUUCCCCACCAGCAAAGUGACAUUCCAAAUUACCAAAGCCAGUUUCCAUUGCAACGGUCUGGACCAUCUGACCAUCUAAGGGUGCUUUCACAGAGGCAGCAGUUAGUCAGUUUGAAUUGAACCCUAGUACAUAUCCCUCCUUGGUGCAGUUCUUUAAGCAGGUGAGUUCACAGCAAUCACACGUGCGUGUGUCCCAACACAACCGGUCUGGGGCGUCUGAUCAAGGUGGUCUCAGUCUGCAUCCCAAGCAUGGUUUGAUCGCAGUGAGAAAGUGAUUCGUCUCUGAAUCGACCCAACUGCAGGAAGUGAAUCAAACAUGCUAUAUGUUUUGCACUGGUAUUGUACCUGACCCCCAUCCUUCAUCCUUCGUGUAUUCGUGAAAUCUAAAGACUAAAAGAAAAGACUGUAUCCUGCAGGAGCAUUCAGUGAACCAAAAUACAUUAAAUCUGACAAAGAACAUCAUAGGGAUGCCAUUAAACCAAAUUUGUGAUGAUAGAAUAGACUUUGAUUAAACCCGUCCUAAACGCAGGUGAUAAAUAAAACAAGUAAAUAACUUCUUCAGCUACAGAUAUGGAUUUGUAAGCUGCAAGAUAACAAAUAAUACUACUACUACUACUACUACUACUACUAAUAAUAAUAAUAAAAUAUUCAGUUCUGCAUGUCAAAUUCAACAAAGCAACAUAAGAGCUUAUCCAGAUCUGUGCUCGGUUUCGGUUACUCUGUCUCUGCUGAAUAAAUGUCACUUUCAGUGAUGAGGUGUAUAACAGUUUAUAUAUUAUUUUGACAAGGUUCUUCUCACAUUUGGCAACCCAGCCUGCUUCAUGACUGGCUGGCAUUAUGCUCUAGACUGCCAUGGUUUAUUCCGAUCCAAAUAAGCUCUGAUGAAGUCAGAGUACUGUGGAAAAAAAACAACACCUCUUUGUGCAAUGAGUUUAAAUCAAAUCCAGUGCUGGAUGUUUUGACCAUUUUUUAAAAAAAAGGCAAAGAAGAAAGAAUUAUGGCCUAAUUUCAGUUGUUUUUUUGAGAUUUGACAAAAAAAAAAAAAACGAAAGGAAACUGCAGACCAAGCAAAGGGCCUCAGAGGGGUACUGGCACAGACAAUGAGAAACAGAUUGCUCAAACCCAAACAGAGCUUGGAGAGAAAAAAAAAAUAAGGAAAGUGAGGAGAGUUGGUGGAGGUGGGGGGAAGAACGGUUAAAAAGGAAGUGAAGUCGAACUGUGCUGAAGGUUAUUUUUUUUUUACCCUCCUCUAAAAUACAAAGACGUUCACAUUCUUUCCAGGAGAAAGCGCAGGGAAGGUCGUUUGAUCUCAAGAGUUGCAAAUCCCUCUGGGCGGUGAUCGCAAGCGAGGUCUAAAGCAUCCUGGAGACCCAUUCAUGGACCGCAAGGACUUAAAGGAGCCUCGAAUAUCAACGUAGUCUGUAUGUACCCUGGCGUCAAAAUAUUAUGCAUCCCUGACCUCAACUAGGCUGUCAGGAGUAUCGUAUUGCUAGAACCUUCCUUUCGAUAACGAAAAAUAAAGUUAUCUUGGACACUGA